GAUCAUCACCACCACAAACUAAAAGAAACAGUAGUGAAUUAGGCGGGGUACGCAGGAGCUAGAGCCACAGAGAAUUAAUGGAGCUCGUUCAAGUGCUUCGCAUGAAUGGAGGCGUUGGAGAAACAAGUUACGCCAACAACUCCCUUCUUCAGGUAAUGAUUUUAUCGAAAUACAUGCAAUACUGCAUCUGCAUGGAUGAAGGUAUAAUUUCAUACGUGCAUGAACUUGAUUUUGGACAGAUGAAGGUAAUAUCCAUGACAAAACCGAUCAUGGAAGAAGCUAUAACCAAACUCUACUGUAGCAAUUUCCCGACGAGCUUAGCAAUUGCAGACUUGGGUUGCUCUUCCGGACCCAACACUUUGUUUCUUGUGUCUGAACUCAUUAAGGUCGUGGCUACGCUUUGUCAGAAACUAGAUCGACAGUCACCGGAAUAUCUUGUCCUCCUGAAUGAUCUUCCAGGGAAUGAUUUUAACAGCCUUUUCAAGACCCUGCCGAGUUUUCAGGCCGAACUCAAGAACCUGCUGGGGGCUGGGAGUGGACCCUGUUUUUUCACAGGUGUCCCUGGUUCGUUCUAUGGCAGGCUUUUCCAGAGCAACAGUCUGCAUUUUGUUCUCUCUUCCUACAGCCUGAUGUGGCUUUCGCAGGUUCCUGAAGGCCUGGAAAACAAUAAAAGGAACAUUUACAUGGCCAGCAGCAGUCCUCCGGACGUAAUUAAGGCAUACUAUAAUCAAUUCCAACAAGACUUCUCACUGUUUUUGAAGUGUAGAUCGGAGGAAGUGGUGGCCGGAGGACGCAUGGUCUUGACCAUAUUAGGAAGAAGAAGCGAUGACCCAACAAGCAAAGAGUGCUGUUACAUCUGGGAGCUCUUGGCCAUUGCUCUCAAUGACAUGGUCUCUGAGGGACUUAUAGAAGGAGAGAAACUGGAUUCCUUCAACAUUCCUCAGUACACACCAUCCCCGGCGGAAGUAGAAUCUGAGGUUGUGAAGGAAGGAACCUUUGCCAUAGAUCAGUUGGAGGUCACUGGAGUGAACUGGAAUGCAUGUUCCAGUGGUGAAUUUAGCCAGUCUGAUGCAUUUAAGGAUGGUGGAUACAAUGUUGCAAAGUUCAUGAGAGCUGUGGCCGAGCCUUUGCUUGCUUCUCACUUUGGUGAAGCCAUAAUCGAUGAAGUGUUUGAACGUUACAGGGAAAUUGUUGCUGAUCGCAUGUCUAAGGAGUGGACAGAGUUUGUGAAUAACUUCAACUCGAAAGCAACGUUUGUUGUCCUCUCCUCUUCCCUUAUGUACACAAACCAAAUGUUCUUCUCUUCGGUUACAAUGUUCAUAAAAGAGUUUCCGUUUCUACCAAUUCCUUUUGUCUUUCGUUUUACGCGUCCCUGCGACGCUAACCCUAGACGAUGAAGUUCGUUCUACACCGAUCAACAACUCUGCUAUUUUUCGAUGUCCAAGGAGCCAAGUCACUGUUCUUAGUUUCCCCAAGAUCUUGAACUCUCCUGAUCUGUAAAUCUUUCACCUAUCUUUGGUAACAAUUUUGAGAAAAACCCAGAUCUGGGUUUUUCUCAAACCCAGAUCUGGGUUUUAUCACAGACGUUCCCAAUGUUGCUUUGCCUCUGCUUUAUUGUCACUUUCUUUAUCAUCCAUUUGGUUCUUGAUUCCUUUUGGCAGGUUGUAGGAUUAGGCUUUCGAUAACCAAUUCCAGUUGUUUGAUACAACAAGCUCAGAUGGAACUUCGGUGGUGUCGUCGAAGAGUUCUAUGCUCGAUUCACUUCUUUGCUAGAGUUUUCUCAAACUUCUGGUGAUCUUUCCUCAUCAACAAAUUCCUACUGUACGCCAUUGCCUACUUUUAUUUGGGUUUGAGAAAUUGAAGAGUCUGCUUGAUUCACUUCUUUGCUUGAGUCCACGUGAUGCAGUGCUCAAAACUGUUAUUUUGUGGUUAUGUUGUUUGGAAUUUGUUGUGGCAGAGAUGCUCUUUAUAAGAUCUGGGUUUGAGAAAGGAUAAGAAAAAACCUCAUGUCGGCGCAGAUGAAGAAGAUUGCCUCUUUUCUCGCUCAUGUCGGCGCCAAAACUUCUUGUGAAUAGUGUAUUUCUAUUUUGAAUUUGAUCCAUUAUGAAGUUCAGUGCGCAUUUAGCUAGAUCUGGCAACUCUUAGGUAUAGAAAUUCUGUUUGGCUGCUAGGAAAGUGGUAGGAACUGAGAAAAAUUAUUAUUUGAUUCUGGGAUUUUUUUGGCCACAAUUUUUAUUUCCUAAAUAGCUCUCUUAAGAUCAAUCAUUUUAGAUUUGGUAAAUGGGAUGAUCUUGCAAAUAUUAAUGGUCUGUCUAAUCUAUUGUUUCCAUUGUAUCUGGUAAGAAUGGAUUAUGGAUUUGAUACCUUCAAUUG